AUGCCCCUCCUCGCCCGCUGCCCCACCUUGCUCUCUUCCCCUCCUCGUCCUUUUUCUUCGCUCGCCUCCUCCCUCCUCCGUUCUUCCUCCUCGCCUUCCUCCUAUUCCACCCUCGCUUCGUCUUCGUCGUCUCCCCUACGCUCUCUCUACGCCUCCAACCAGUCCUUCUCAAACGCCCGUCUCCGUGCUUUUCACGCUUCCGCAGCAGCCAUGACGAGAACUUUCUUCGAGGUCGAGUACGCCGACCCGGCCCAGCCCAACAAGUCUACCGUUGGCCGAAUUGAGUUUGAACUCUUUAGCGAUGUCGUUCCCAAGACCGCCGAGAACUUCCGUGCCCUCUGCACUGGCGAGAAGGGCUUUGGCUACAAGGACUCCAUCUUCCACCGUGUCAUCCCUGAUUUCAUGCUCCAGGGUGGUGACUUCACCCGUGGCAACGGCACUGGUGGCAAAUCGAUCUACGGCGAGAAGUUCGCUGAUGAGAACUUCAAGUGCACCCAUGAAGGCCCUGGUAUGCUUUCCAUGGCCAAUGCUGGGCCCAACACCAACGGCUCCCAAUUCUUCAUCACCACCGCGAAGACCAGCUGGCUUGAUGGCAAACAUGUCGUCUUCGGCAAGGUCGUAGAGUGCCCGUCGACAAGACUCGGCCCCAACCAGAAGCAGUCCAUGGAUGUUGUUCGCGACAUCGAGAGCGCUGGCAGCAGCUCCGGGGCCAUCAAAACAUCCAUCAAGCCCAAGAUCGUCAACUGUGGUCAGGUUUAAAAGAAGAUUGAUUGUUCCCCAUGGAGGGUGUGUAGAUGAAAAAUUGCUUUUCUUCUGCUUCUUUUCUUUGCUUUCUUUUAGAGAACUUCUUUUUUGUUCUGCGAUGGGGAAGGCGCGGGAAAAGGAGGGGAGAAGUUGCUUUGUCAUGUCAUGUAACAGAAUUAAGGUAGCGGGGCGGAAAGCGGCAGAAGGUGGGGAAGAUGUUCGUUUUUAGCUGCAGAGAAGCGUUUUGGUGGGAGGGAAAAAAUUAGGCUCUUGUUUUCAUUAACUAGAAAAAAAAACCCCUCCAGAACCAAAACAGAAAAAAAAGAAAAAAAACCGCACACAAAAGGAAAAAAGAAAAAAAAGGGCCACUGCAAAGUUAUUUCGUUCACUCCAAUGUAAUCUCAACAGCAAUUCAACCUGACCUAAUACUUUUGCUGGCCGUGUAC